AUGCGGUGCAGUUUAGUCAUUUGUGCGGUCGUUGGAUUGAUUUUAACAGAGUUCAGUGGGGCGGUUGUUUUUAAGAUGACAAACUUUGUAUGUGAAAGCUAUAAUAAAUCUUGGGUUGUACUCCAUAAUUGUCGCCUGAAGGCCAUAAGUCGAAACAAGGUUAUACUUAAUAUGAACGGAACAUUUCUAUAUCCAGCAUAUGAAAUAGAAGCUCAUGGUAAAGUGUAUAAAAGAGAAAAUGGCUACAAGCCUUGGCUGUUUGACACCAAAGUUGAUGCCUGUCGUUUCAUGAGAGGAAAAUACAAUCCUGUCGCAAAAAUAAUCUACAGCCUCUUUGAACCAUUCAGCAAUCUUAACCACACGUGUCCCUAUGUGGGACCACAGAUUGUCCAAGGAUUUUAUCUGAAGCCCGAACUGUUACUUCUACCGUUUCCAUCUGGCCAAUAUAUGCUGGCCAUAAGAUGGUUUUUUCACAAGAAGCUGCAGUUCGAUACAAACGUCAGCUUUUUGUUUGAGGAAGAUAUUUCGAAAAAGAAAUAA